CGUGUCGCAUGAAAGAGAACCUUGAAAUUGUAAAUUAUCGUAAAGAGACAUGACAUCGAAAACAUUCGGCGGAAAGCAAAGAAAUGAGACGAAACGUAUUGUAACGAUAAUAAGUGGAAAACCAUAAAACUUGCGAUAAAUAAAUUAAAAGUUAAAUUUCUUUGUAUCGCUCUACAAAUGUUCGCACAGUUUUUUCGAUAUUUUGAUCGUACACUUAUUCUUUGUAUCAGCUGAUGAAUUUGCUAUAACGAGAAGAAAGUUUUUAAAAAUUCAUAUUUACAUUUCAUCGACAUAAAUAUUGUCAUGGCAGACCUCCUGGAGGAAUUAAAUGGUGAUCAGACUGAAAAAGUUAUUCAGUUUCAGGAUUUGACAGGCAUAGAAGAUUUAUCUGUCUGUAGAGAUGUUUUGCAAAGGCAUAAUUGGAAUUUGGAAGUGGCUGUUCAGGAACAAUUGAAUUUAUAUGAAGGACGUCCGUCAAUGUAUGCACAAGAUUCAAGAUCUAGGCCACCACAAGUCGUUGAUGACAGUAGUUCUAGAAUAUAUUUUAACCAUGCAAGUAGUUCGAGUGGUGGAGGCGGUGGUCUUCUACCUUAUAUCUUUUCUAUGUGUUAUAAUAUAGUUUGGAGUAUCUUGCAGCUAGGUUUAGCAAUAUUUAGGUCAGAAGUCAGGCCCAUUUCUUCUGAUCCAGUGGAAGAUGUAAUGACAUUCAUUAGAUCAUAUGAGGAACGUUAUGGCAACGUCCAUCCUGUAUUUUAUCAGGGUUCUUACAGUCAAGCUCUAUCUGAUGCCAAACAAGAGUUAAGAUUUUUAUUAGUUUAUUUACAAAAAGAUGAGGCCCAAGAUACUGAUCAAUGGUGCAGAAAUACAUUGAAUGAUCCUGAAGUUAUACGAUUUAUAAAUACUCAUACAUUAUUUUGGGCUUGUAAUGUACAAUCUGGAGAAGGCUAUAAAGUUGCAGAAUCUCUUAAAUCUGGCUCUUAUCCUUUCUUGGCUAUUAUUGUUUUGAAAGACAAUCGAAUGACAAUAGUUGGACGGAUGGAAGGUACACCAUCUGCUGCUGAUUUGAUAUCACGUUUACAAACAAUUAUUCAACAGAAUGAAAUUAAUUUAAUUCAAGCACGUCAAGAUAGAGCAGAACGCAGUGCUGCACAGUCAUUACGUCAACAACAAGAUCGUGCAUAUGAAGAAUCAUUACGUGCUGAUCAGGAAAAAGAUCGUAGAAGAGAGGAAGAACGUAGGGCUCGAGAAGAACAAGAGGCACGUGAAAAGGAACAAUUAAAUGCGCAGGAACAAGAAAUAGAAAGAAUUCGUCUUGAAAAAGAACUUACUGUUCACAAAAUACCUAUGGAACCUGAACCUGCUAAUCCUAAUGCUUGUCAUUUACAAAUUAAAUUGGGUGAAAGGACAAUGAAAAGGCGAUUCCUUAUGUCUGACACAAUUGAAGACGUAUAUCAUUGGAUAUUUAGUCAACCGGAUUCCCCUGCAAGUUUUGAGAUAACAACGAGUUAUCCUAAAAGAAUCCUAUAUCCAUGCAGAGAUAUUUCAACUUUAUCAUCAGCUGGCUUAACCCAUAGAGAAGUUUUGCAUGUUAAUGAUUUAGCUGACUAACCUUGAUUAAUAAUUCAAUAAUUCAUUCUUAAUAUUUUAAGUAUCAUUCCGAUAAAAGAAUGAUACUAUCACAAGAGGAACUUAUCAAAAGAUUAUAAUAUAUAUAUAUAUAUAUGUAUAUGUAUAUAUAUAUGUAUAUAUAUAUUUGAUACAUUCUAGUAUUUUAUGUAAAGUUCAGUCUACUGAGAUGAGAAAAUAGUUAUAAAAGAAUGUCAUUGUAUGAACAAUAUGAUACAAAGAUAAGUAUUGAAAAGGUGUUCAUUGUGUUAUAAUUUUGGAGAGAAUUGUUGGUAUUAAAAAAUGGUGGCCAUAAGUAAUAUGUUCAUUAAAAUAUAUAACUAGAAAAAGAUUGAAUUUUGUUUAAAAAGUUUAAAAAGUAGGGAACAAAAACAUACCCGUUUUUGUUUAAGAACAAACAAAUGUGCAUUAUAUUUUGCUUGAGAUAAUUUAUAUAUUAAUGAAGUAAAGUAUUUUAAAUCCUUAUGCGUUACUACGUGAUCAAAAAAAUUUAUAAAAUGUAUGAUUUGUGUACAAUUGAAGAAAAAAAAUCUUUUAAAUUGCAUUAGUCGUGCAUAAAACAUAAGACUAUGUAACGCAAAUGGCAUUUUAUAAAAAUAAAGAAUAUCUUCAUCUAAAUGCAAUUUGGAAAAAGGGAUGAUGAGAUAAUACACAUUACAUUUUAUUUUACUAAAGUAAAAGUAAAUUUAGUAUUUAAUUGGCAUUUAUACUAUUAUGUACAAAAACAAUGCUAACACCAUUGGUUUUAUUGCAUUUAAAUAUAAUUUAAUAAACCUACAACAUUUCUAUGCAGAUAAAAAUGUUAUUGAAACAAAACUAACUGUACUGCAUACAAAGAUUUAUCCGCAUGGCUAUGUACAUAUAUUAAUUUACUAGAAAGCAGAAUGUUUAAGAAAAAUAUAAUUUAUUUUGUAGCUUUGUAUAUUGGUUGUUUAAACCAAAGAAAAAUUAAACAAUUAGAAUCUA